CCGAUCACUGAGCUAAAGAGCAAUGUGCUGUUGCAGGAAUGCUUGACCUUCAAGGACGUGUUUGUGGACUUCACCCUGGAGGAGUGGCAGCAACUGGACGGUGCUCAGAAGAACCUCUACAGGGAUGUCAUGCUGGAGAACUACAGCCACCUGGUCUCCGUGGGGUACCUAAUGGCCAAACCAGAUGUGAUCUUCAGGUUGGGACAAGGAGAAGAGGCUGGGAUGGCAGGCAGAGAAACCCCAAUGCAGAGCUGUCCAGAAUUCUGGCAAGUUGAUGACCAGAUACAUAACCACAAGGAAAGCCAAGACAAGCCUUUGUGGCAAACUGCAUUCAUACACAAGGAAACAGUGAAGGAUGAACGUGGCCAAGAAUUUAGAACAUGCAGAAAAAUCAUUUAUCCGAGCCCAGACUUUGUUUCUAUAAGACAACGACUCCCUAAAUAUUAUUCAUGGGGAAGGAGUUCAAAACAUAAUUUAAACUUUCUUAGUCAAAACAGAAGCUACGUAAGAAAGAAAGAUGAUGAAUGUAAGGCCUAUUGGAAAUUAUGCUUCCAUUCUAAUCUUGAUAAAGCUCAACCUGGAGAGACCUUCUUUGAGCCUAAUCAACGUGGAAAAGCCCUCCACCAUAAGCAAAGCCUUAAUAAAAGUCGGAGAAUUCAAACUGGGGAGAAACUCUAUGAAUGUUCUGAAUGUGGAAAAGUGUUUAUCCAGAAAGCUAACCUCGUUGUACAUCAGAGAACUCACACAGGAGAGAAACCCUAUGAAUGCUGUGAAUGUGCAAAAGCCUUCAGUCAGAAGUCAACCCUCAUUGCACACCAGAGAACUCAUACAGGGGAGAAGCCCUAUGAAUGCAGUGAAUGCGGGAAAACCUUUAUCCAGAAGUCAACUCUGAUUAAACAUCAGCGAACUCACACAGGAGAGAAACCAUUUGUAUGUGGUGAAUGUGCAAAAGCCUUUAAGAGUUCAUAUCACCUUGUUAGACAUGAAAAAACACAUAUCAGACAAGCAUUUUAUGAGGGUAUCAAAUGUGGUAAGUCCAGCUUUAUGCAUCAGAAGACUUCUACAGGUGAGAAACCUGAAUGCAGUAAACAUGAGAAAGCCUUUGAUGAGAAGCCCACUGCCAUUAAGCAGCAGAGAAUUCAUAUAAAAGAGAAACCUUAUGAGUGCAGUAAAUGUGGAAAAAGCUUCAGGGGAAAGUCACACCUCUCUGUUCAUCAGAGAAUUCACACAGGGGAGAAACCUUAUGAAUGCAGCAUAUGUGGGAAGACUUUCAGUGGAAAAUCACACCUCUCUGUCCAUCAUAGAACUCAUACAGGAGAGAAACCUUACGAAUGCAGAAGAUGUGGGAAAGCCUUUGGUGAGAAGUCAACCCUUAUUGUACAUCAGAGAACUCAUACAGGAGAGAAACCCUAUAAAUGCAAUGAAUGUGGAAAAGCCUUCAGUGAGAAGUCACCACUGAUUAAACAUCAGAGAAUUCAUACAGGAGAGAGACCUUAUGAAUGCAGUGACUGCGGGAAAGCCUUCAGUAGGAAGUCAACUCUCAUUAAACAUCAGAGAAUUCAUACAGGAGAAAAACCGUACAAAUGUAGUGAAUGUGGGAAAGCCUUCAGUGUGAAAUCAACUCUCAUUGUACAUCACAGAACUCAUACAGGAGAAAAGCCUUAUGAAUGCAGGGAUUGUGGGAAGGCCUUCAGUGGGAAGUCAACUCUCAUUAAACAUCAGAGAAGUCAUACGGGAAAUAAAACCUAUGAAUAUACUUGAGAAUGGGAUAAUUUCACUACUUGUUAUAUCUCAUUAUAUCAGUUCAUCCUGGGGAGUAACCUUAUAAAUAUAAAGAAUGUCAGAAAUUCCAUAUAUUAUUUAAUGUUCAUUUAACUUAAUAAAAGGCACAAAAGUAUAAUUCCAGAAGCCUGUAAUAAAUGUGCUCAAUUUUUCAUCCAGAAUUCUUAGCUAUGAGUGGAGAAUUGUACAUCAAAGAAUUCAAAAGUGGCAAAACUGUGAGUGUAUUGAAGUGAGAAAACUUUUAGAAAGCAUUUAAAUGUCAUUGCCUAUCAGAGUAUUUAUGCUGAGGAAAAACUAAGAAUGAGUUUAGGAAACCAAGUUAGAAAUAAUGAGAGAAACAUGUUCCAAUUCUAUACCAAACAUUGUGUGGGAAAGGUGCAGAGGUUGCAAACAAGCGCUCACUUAUAAAGUUAAGAUAUGUUCACUGUGGAGUAGAGUAUGACGCUUUUGAAAGAACAGUAUGAAGCAUAAAGUAUUAAUCCUAGCUGGGCCAAACUCGCAGGUUAUUUCUUAAACAGAGAACAAUUGCUUAGAGUGAGAGAGGAUGAGUCAUCAGGAUCCCUGAAACAAACGAGCUCAAACAGGAGAUCAUACACAUGAAUCAUCAUCAUCUUCAGUGCAAAAAUGCAAACCCCUUACAGAAAAGGCACACCUUGCUUUGGAACAGUGCUUACAAUUUAAUAUUCUUUGUCUUUUAAGCAAGAGUAAUCAUUUUAUGGUGAGGCAAUAACAUAUUUUUAAUUUUCAGAGUAUCUCCCAUAACAGCAAUAUUAUUUAAAUUGCAAAAAAUAGAAGGACAUUGAAUAUCCAAUAAUAGGCAAUUGAUUAAAAAUUAAUAUCAAUAAGUUGGAAUAAUAUGGACCAUUUAAAAAUUUUCUUUAUUAUGUGUGAGAAUUUGGGGAAAUGUUCAUGGUAAUCUGUUAUGUGAAAAAACAGAUUACAAAACAAUGUACCACAUGAUUUAAAUUAUAAAAAAAAUACAUAGAAGAAGGAUAUGCACCAUUAUAUCAGUGAUUCUGGGUGGUAGAAAUAUAGCAAUUUUGUGAUGAAUAAAAUUAUAUGCACAUAUACAUGUAUACAUAUGUAUUUGUACUAUAUAUCUAUUUUAGGGGUGUGUGUGUGUGUGUGUAGGUAGACAUAGAACAAAAAGCUAGGAAGGAAAUACACCAAAUUAUUAAGCAAAUUAUCAUUUGUGUAUUGGGAUUAUUGGUGAUUUUUUAAACUUUUUGAAUGUAGUCUUCAGAAUCUACCAAUAAAAUAAAUUGUUUAAAGUAA